AGUAUGUAAUCUGGCCUGUGGUUGCAGCAGAGAGGCGUUCAGUCUCCUAGAAAUCAUGCGCGAAGAAGAAGAGUCCCAGUGUCUCCAACCAGAGGCACGUGCGGUUGUAACAAAGUGCCGACAAAAUCCAAAGUUUCGUGUUAAAGCUGCAGUUUUCCACUCAGGAUGGAUGACGAACACACGGCCGAGUACACGGUGCCCUGUGCCCAGUGUUCAGCGGUGGACUGGGGCAUUUCGGACGAGGGUCGCUUCUACUGCAGGUCCUGCCACAACGUGAUCGAGAGGACCCGGGAGGUGGUGGACCUGUCCUUCUUAAAGUUGUCCAGCAGGGUGUCGACCAUCAGAGGACCCCGCAAGAAGCAGGCCGAGCGUGGUCACGUGUGGAUGGUCUGCGAGGGUUUCCAGUUCAUCCUGAAGAACCAGGCCGAUGCUCUGCUCGCGCUCGGAGUCCAUCCUCAAUUUAAGGAUGACGUGCUGUGUCCUCUGUGGAGGUGUUACCUGCAGAAAAGUCGCCAGGCCUACACCCACGACCCCGUGAGGAGCUGCAAGUUCAGAAUGAGAGCCGUAGGCUCUGACUCGGAGAGCGCCAGCGAGGGGAUCAGCUGCACAGAUGGCGAGUCGAACCCAGCAAGCACGGCGGGCUCAAACACAGAGAAUUCCGGUUUUUGGUCCGGCUCCUCGGACACCCUCACCUACCUGUCCGCCAGGAAGAAGCGGAGCCAGAGUCUGCUGAGCAUGAAGAAGACACUGGCUCUGAUCUACCUGGCUCUGGUGUGGAGCCGUGAGGCGCUGACGCUCAGCGACCUGCUCAGGCUUGUGAAUGAGGGUCACAUCCCGUACUUGAACGCCUAUGAGCAGCUUCCUGAGGAGAUGAAAGUCACGGGGAAGGACUCCCUCAUCUUUGUAGUCGAGACGGUCCCGUCUCAUCACGCCGUUCAUAAGGAGGCCGAGACUCUCAUUCAGUUCCUGCAGCUUCCUGCUUUUCCUCCAAUCAGUCGGCAGACCCUGUUGCACCCAGCGCUGCUCAGCCUCAGAUACCUGUCCGACAUCAACCUGCCCGAUGAGCUCCACCCCUGGGUCUGCAGGCUGUUGGAGCACACCGGUAUGAUGGAUCAAACACUCCACACAUUUGACCCGCACAAUCACCCCACCCUGCCACGGUAUGACGUGCAAGCCGCUGCCCUCAUCAUCGUCACUCUGAAGCUGUUCUUUUGCCUGGACGACAUGACCGAGUGGCAUCUGUCCAAUGAUCUUGGACGACAGAAGGACUCAGGUAAGGUGUUUAACCUGAGGAGGUGGUACAAAGUGAUGCAGGCCGCUCUGAUUCGAGCUCAAGAGAGGAGAGACCAGAAUGUCUCCAGGAAGCAGUGGAAGUCAAAGAAACAAAUUUACCCAAACAAGAAAGAAAAGUGCUCGAUGAUUAAAAAAAAAAGAAUUGCAGAGCAGGUCCAGCUGUGUUUCGAGAAACUGACUUCCUGUCCAUCGGGGCUCCAGGACGUAGGACCAUCGAGCUUCAUAUUCUGCUGGGGGGACGAGGAGGAAUCGGACGGUCCCAGUCUGCACCACAUGAAGCUGGACGAGGUUGUGACCCGUUCAUACGACUUCCUGACUCCGCUGAACGACAUGUACUGGCACCCGGCGCUCAGACGCUGCUUGUGCUACAACAGUCAUUACAAGGAGGUGGAGGCAACGCUGCCACGCUCCUUCAUCUGGCUGCUGCAGCUUUUCGCCUUCAUGUUCGACGUGAAGCCGUUUUGCCUCUAUGAGGAGGUCCUGAGUGUGGAGAGGAGGAUCUUUGACACCAGACUGUACAGAGGGAAGAGCAAGGCCAAUGCCGAGGCUUCGGCUGAGACUACCGGGGCUUCACCCGAGGCCCAGGCUUCACUCAACCCCCGGACGUCACCAAGGAUGACCCGGACAUCACCCAGGACGGCUGAGGCUUCACUCGGGACCCGGGCUUCACACAGGAAGCGGCAGAGAAGUAGGAAGAGCUGAGAACUUGCAGCAUCUGUGGGACAUUUGGCUGUUUCUGCUGCCUCCGUGUUUUUGUUUAAACCAAAGACAUUUUUAAUAAAUGUAAAAGGGCUGCUCUUGUCUUUGAUUAAUUGCAUUAAAACGGAUUUUUGUGUCAAUAGAAAGAAAAUUUGGUCAGAACGUUUCCUAAAAAGGUGAGAGAGAUCUCUCUGAAGGAGGAAAAGAUUUGUAGUUUGAACAACAGGAUCUGAUGGAGAGUCACAGCAUUGGGUUGGGAAUGGUAUCUGCAGGCGGGGAGCACGCAGUACCUGGAAGACUGAUGGAUGUGUGCAUGUGAUGAGGGUGUAGUUCUGCGUGUGUGUGGAUGGAGCUGGAAGAGCUUUUAAAUUGUGUAGAUUUAAAGUUGUUAAACGUGCUGUCCUGAAUAUUUGAGCAGACUGUGUGACUCUCCAGGGGACUGCUCUGUGUGCCGUGGAUGAACAGGAGUGCUGCACUGACUCAGAGUGACCAGCAGGAGGUGACGUUCAAUCACACUAAUGGAGAGCAGCCUGUUACAGGUAGCACACACUGAAACUGCUCUGAAGUCAGUUAGAGCAGCAGCACCGAGCAGCUGGCCAGAUGUUUGUGGAAAAGUUGAGCUCAGAGCUUCUUUUGGCUGCUUGAUUCUGUGGCUCCUCCUUCCUCUCCAGCUGAAUGUUUUUUGGGCGAGUUUGAGAUCUUCUGGCUUCAGAAGCUGGAAAACAGCUUGCGGUUGUAGUAUGAAGGGUGGAGGCAGCUGUAGUUUAGAGGAGGAGCUAAGGACAUAUUUACCUCAGCUGACCUCCAUCUGACACAGGGUGACCUUUUACUUCAUGUACAGUCUGCGCCGUGUUAAUAUAUUUUGACCUCAAUGAUUGACAUGAUUGUGAACAGCUGUCUCUGCUGCUGGGCAGAUGGCAAUAUGAACUACGACCCUUCACCCUAACUGCUGACCAACCAAAGGUUAAAGGUGAAGCAGUGUUUCAGGUCUUACUCGUGUCAGUCCUGAGGAAGCGGAACUGCUCACCUCUGGUUUCCACCUGCAGAAGAAGAAACUGGCCAACACGUGACCUUUUGUAAUGUUUUCUUACUAUAAACCCCUGAAUUGUGCAGGUUUAGCUCAUAACUGAGCCUUCUUUUUAUGAAUGCGCCUGCCCACUACUUAGAGGUUGAUACUGUCUACCAUUUUAAUUUACGUUUUAUUACUCACUGUGAAAAUAUUUAAAAAAAAAUACUGUCUGUAUGCUGCUGCUAAAUGUCCAUCUCUGUAUAUCUGCAGACUUUCCCAUUGGUUGGUGUUUAUCUAUAAAUCUCUCCUCGGGCUGGUUCCCUCUUAUCUGUGUGUUUAUAUGUGUAAAAACCACAACCAAUAUAGUCUUCACUCUCACAACGUCAUACAAAUGAUUUUUUUUUUCUUAAAAUCAAAACAGAACAUGGGAAAAGUUUUAAAUACGCUGUGCCUGUUUCUUGGAAUUAUCUGCAGAAGGAACAAAAUGGAGUUUAAGUCCAUUUUAAAGGGGCGAGAGUAACUCUUCUAGUCAGUGUGACUGUUUUUAAUGUCGCUCUUAAUGAUGUUUUUACAUAUUAUAAAUGUAUUUGUUUUUUUACUUAUGUCUUGUAACUUUUGCCGCCAUGAUGGCCACUGGAAAUGUUUUAAAUCUCAAUGAGACAUUCACCUGGAUAGAUAAAGGAUAUUAAAGUGUGUAUUUAAAAAAAAAAAAAAAAAAAAAAAAAAAACGAAAACAAAACAAAACUUCCCUCCUGCGCAGGCAGAGCCAAACAGUCAUAUUUCAUGUAAACAUUCAUGACCGUUUGCUUUUCUUUAUAAAACCUUUGAGUUUACAUUUCGGCUGCAGAGAAUGAGAGACCCUGUUUUAUAGAGCUCAGAUGAAUGAGGACCUCAGCAAUUCUCUGAUUAUGUGCUGCAGCUGGUUUCUAAAACGAUGUAAAGACAUCCAAGUUAGAAGACGCCUGAGAAAACCUGAGCCAACUGUUUGACUUCAGGUGUGCUCGCUCCAUCGAGUCGCUGCUGCUGUGGCCUCCCCUCUGCAGGUCAUUUAAGUUAAUCGGAAAACAAAAAUAAAAUGAAAGUAGAAUCAAAUACAAAGUAACAGCAGCGUCUCAUGCUUCAUUUUUAAUUUCAUUCAUUUGUUUUCACCAGUUGUUUGUCCACCUUCAUUUACCACAGCUGUUGCUAGGGUAACAUUACAGUGUUGGGCAGGUUGCCAUGGUGAUACUACAGAGAGUAGCCAUCAAAGAAGUGCCUUUGUGCUGCAUUCACUUACAGUUGGUUGACACUGGCAUCGAGUCCUCAGAUGAACUCUGAGCUGUAAAUGUUUUGUCGAAUUUCUCUGUGUGCCAUAAACGCCAUCGUACUGCAUUCAAGGCCUGCUGGUUCAUCUCAGCUUCAGUACCUUGUGAGCAGUACUUCCUGUAUUGGUUGGCGCAGCAGAUGAUGUAUAAAAAUGCCUACAAGGAGCCAGGUCACCAGCUCCAAGCAUCUGACAAAAUAAAAGCUUUGUUUCUUUCUAAACGCAUGAUCGUAACCAUCGUGUAUAAGACAGAGCUCGCUUCUGUCACAUCACUUUUUGGUUUUUCCCAAUCCUCAAAGUUUUUUUUUUUUUUUGCAUUUUGGUGCCAUUUUGUUUCCAGAGCUCACCAUAUUUGGAUGAGAUGGCACAGCAUCCAUGUUAUUAGUGAGAUCAUUAAAAAGUGCUCCAACAGCACAAACAUGGCCCACAGGUCCAGUUCAGGGACUCUAAUUAGCUGAGGUAUCUGCUAGCAGACAGCUAGCAGCUACUGGCGCCUGUGUUUUGUCAUUCACUGGUCAGUCAAAAAGGCCACACCCCUAAUAAUGCAAACUUUAAGCCUUAAUACAAU